CGUCUUUAUAAAUGUACGACUCUUAUGAUCAAAAAGUCAUCUCUCCACUAGUGAUAAAAUUAUCUCUCACCCAAACAAACUUUAUUCAUACUUCUGGGAGAAUCCCCAAUUUCGCGAUUUUGGUUUCUAGGGUUUCACUCUCGUCUUUGUUGUAUUCGUGUGAUAAAGGUUUCAAUUUUAUUUAUUUUUGUUGGUGAUCGAUAUGGAUAAUAACAAUUGGAGGCCUGCUAAAAUUGAACCUAAUAUGGAUGCUACUGAUUGGAGAACACAACUUCAACCUGAUUCUCGACAGAGAAUUGUUACUAAGAUAAUGGAAACUCUAAAGAGACACCUUCCAAUUUCUGGGCCAGAGGGAUUGGUGGAGCUUAAUAAAAUUGCUGUUAGAUUUGAGGAAAAAAUAUUCACUGCUGCCACAAGUCAGUCGGAUUAUUUACGAAAAAUAUCUUUGAAGAUGCUGACAAUGGAGACAAAAUCUCAGACAAAUGGAGUUGCUAAUUCUUUACCGUUAAAUACCGGUGGUGGUAGCCAAAAUCCUCAAGAUCCAGCGUCUCACAGUAUGCAGUCCCAAGUGCGCAACCCAGGGCAGCCACAAAUUCCUUUAGCCAACCCGUCUCAAGCACGGCAGCAGCUGUUAACCCAGAAUAUUCAGAAUAACAUAGCAAAUUCUGGGAUCCAAGGACCUGUGGCAUUGUCUUCUACAUUGCCAUCUGGGGCCAGUCUCAGUCAAUCCUCCGUUAAUCAGGGAUCUAGCAUGCAGUCUGGAAUGACACAAAAUUCGUCUGGGAAUCUAGUUGGUCAAGGAGGUGUAUCAUCGAAUAUGUUUGCUAACUCAACGAGGCAGAUGCAAGGAAGGCAGCUUCCACAACAGGCUGGUUCUCAACAACAGCAGUCUCAGAAUUCGCAGCAGUUUUUAUAUCAGCAACAACAGUUGCAACAACACCUUUUGAAGCAGAAGCAGCAGCAGCAGCAGCAACAGCAACAGCUACAGGGGAACAUUCCAUCCUCAAUUAUGCAAUCACACAUGCAGCAACAACAGCCACAGCAACAACAGCAAAACCCAAUGCAGUCUACUCAACUGCAACCUACUCAACAGCCCCAUAUGCAAAUGCCAUCUGGUCUUCAGCCAAGCCAGUCCACUCUUCAACAGGCUCAGCCAUCUGUGAUGCAAUCGUCUUCAGGUCUUCAACAAAACCCGCAGUCCGCAGUUGCACAGUCCACAACAAAUGCUCUUCAACAACAUCCACAGAGUGUCCUCAGGCAACCACAACAACAGUCUCAACAGUCUAUGCACCAACAAGCUCCUGUUCUGCAUCAGCAACAACAUCCGGUUUUGCCUUCACAGCAGCAUUCGCAGCAGCAACUAAAUGCCCCAAACUUGCAACAGAAUCAGUUAAUUGGGCAACAAAACAAUGUAUCUGAUAUGCAGCAACAACAGCAGCAGCAGCAACAGCAACAGGGGUUGCUAAACCAACAGAAUAAUAUCGCAAAUAUGCAACAACAUUUACUUGGAAAUAAUAUCCCUCAUCAGCAGCAGCUAGGUCAACAAAGUAACAUGUCAGGGUUACAGAAGCAGCAACAGCAGCCAAUGCAUACCAUGCAUCAGCAAGGGGGAAAGGUGCAGCAACAACAAAAUGCACAGGUAUCAGCUAAUAUGUUACAAAUCCAAGGCCAACAUACACAAUCCCAACCAGCACAACAACAACUUAUGUCUCAGCAUCCAUCUCAAACGACGCAAAUGCAUCAGCAACUGGUAUUGCAGCAACAGCCAAACUCAAUACAAAGGGAUAUGCAACAAAGGAUUCAGACAUCUGGUGGCUCGAUGCUCAACCAUCAAAAUUUGUUGGACCAGAAGCAAGCAUUUCAUUCACAAAGACCACCUCCAGAGGCCUCAUCAACGUCAGGAAAUGCUAUUAUAGAUGCAGCAAUAGCAGGAAAUUCAACAGCAAUAGGAAAUGCGGUCGACGUGCAGGAGGAGAUUUAUCAGACAAUUAAGUCCAUGAGAGAAAAAUACUUGCCAGAUCUUAGCGACAUGCACCAGAAGAUCUCUCAAAAAUGCCAACAGCAUGAUUCUCUUCCACAACCACCAAAGUCUGAACAAAUUGAGAGGCUCAAAAUUUUCAAAAAUAUGUUGGACAAGAUGAUGGGAUUCUUGAAUCUUCCAAAAAAUAAUGUGAUACCUAGUUUGAAGGAUAAGCUGGCUUCUUAUGAGAAACAGAUCGUGAAUAUUCUGAACUCAAAUCGCCCAAGGAAACCUGGUCCACCACAGCAACAAAUUCAGCCAACUGGUGGCCACCCACUCUCCAUACAGCAACAACAACAACAACAACAACAACAGCAACUGCAGCAGCAGCAACAUCAACUGCAGCAACAACAGCAGCAGCAGCAACAACAGCAACAGCAGCAACACCAACAGCAGCAGCAGAUACAAUCUCAAAAUCCUCCGUUGCAGCAGCAUGAAAACCAGAUGAACUCCCAGAUGCAACCAAUGAUCCUGCAGAAUUCCGGAUCAUCUGUGCAACCAACUACCAUGACAAGCAUGAAUCAUGGUCCUCCAAACCUUAUGGGUGCUUCAACGGCACAAACAAACCUGCUAAGUUCUUUGCAACCUGGUUCUACGAUGGAGUCAGGCCAAGGUAACAAUUCUAGUUCAUUGCAACAGGUUGGUGUGGGUUCAUCCCUUCAACAUCAAAGUACUGGAAAUGCACUCCAACAGGGAAACUUGAACACAAUGUCACAAAAUGCUGUUAAUGGGUUACAGGGUAAUAUUAAUUCCCUCCAGAUGAACCAAAACAUGCUUCAACAACAUCCACAUCUGAAGCAACAACUUCAGCAGCAGCGGCAGAUGCAUCUGCAUAAACAGCAGCAGCAGCAGUUGUUGCAGCAACAACAGCAGCAGCAGUUCCAGCAGUUGGCACACCAGUCUCAAAAGCCACAGCAAUCUGCUCAAUUGCAGGGGCAUCAAAUGCCACAGCAUCAGCAGAUGAGCGAAGAUAUUAAAGUUAGACAGGCGAUGAGUUACAAAGGAGGAAUGGCUCAGCAACACCUUGCUGCUGCUGGCCUUCGGGCACCAUACAACCAUCCAAUGAAGCCUGGUUCUUCGUUUCCCAUAGCUUCCCCCCAAGUGCUUUCAGUAGCAUCACCGCAGCUUUCUCAGCAUUCACCUCAGAUUGACCAGCAAAGCCUUUUAUCAUCCUUUACAAAAACAGGAACACCUCUGCAAUCUGCAAACUCACCCUUUAUUGUCCCUUCUCCUUCUACACCCCUGGCUCCUUCUCCAUUACCCGGGGAUCCCGAGAAACAGACUUCUGGCAUCUCCUCUCUUUCAAAUGCAGGAAAUAUCGGGCAGGUACAGAAUGCUGCUUCACUCGGUCAAGCACAAUCUCUUGCUAUCGGCACUCCUGGGAUAUCAGCCUCCCCCUUGCUCGCGGAGUUCACUGGUCCAGAUGGCAAUCAGGUCACAUCCUCCACAAUCACUAAGCUAAAUGUUACAGAGCAGCCUUUGGAACGCCUAUUGAAAGCGGUAAAAUCCAUGUCUCCUAAAGCAUUUAGUGCUUCUGUCAGUGACAUUGGGUCAGUCAUUAGUAUGAUCGACAGGAUAGCUGGAUCUGCACCAGGUAAUGGAUCCAGAGCUGCUGUGGGUGAGGAUUUGGUGGCUAUGACAAAAUGUCGUAUGCAAGCAAGGAAUUUUAUUCAACAAGAUGGAAGCUCAGCGACAAAGAAAAUGAGGCGUCACACAAUUGCAGUUCCCUUGAAUGCAAUGUCAUCAGCUGGCAGUGUGAACGACAGUUUUAAGCAUUUGGUUAAUAUGGAACUGUCUGAUCUUGAGUCAACUGCGACCUCUAGGAUGAAGAGACCUCGAGUUGAGGCCAACCAUGCGCUGCUGGAGGAAAUUGGUAGGAUUAAUCAACGUCUAAUCGACACUGUGGUGGAUAUCAGUGACGAGGAUGUUCAUCCAAUUGCAGCUGCAGGAGCUGCUGAAGGUGGUGAAGGAACCGUUGUCAAGUGCUCCUAUAACGCUGUUGCUCUCAGUCCAAACUUGAAGGCGCUGUAUGCUUCAGCGCAAAUGACCCCAAUUCAGCCCCUGAGGUUGCUCGUUCCCACAAAUUAUCCAAAUUGUUCUCCGAUACUCUUGGACAAGUUUCCAGUUGAAUUGAGUAAGGAGCACGAAGAUUUAUCAACCAAGGCAAAAUCGAGGUUCAGUAUAUCUCUUCGCAGUCUUUCACAGCCGAUGUCUCUUCACGAUAUGGUGAAGACCUGGGAUGUAUGUGCUCGAGCGGUGAUAUCUGAUUAUGCUCGCCAAAGAGGAGGAGGGAGCUUCAGCUCAAGAUAUGGUGCUUGGGAAAAUUGCUUAAGUGCUGCUUGAUCGGCCUGAUCAGAUCAGCAAACUGACCUUGAUUCCAUGCAUAUCAAAAUAAUCUCUGCUGUAGGGCAUCGUGGUAUACAUGUACCGUAUCCUCUCACCUCUCUUCGGAAAAUACUCAUAUAUCAUUCGCAGACUCCAUCAAUGCGAUGCAGCAUUAUUAUGAAGGGAUCGACUAAAUGGUGCAACUCCAUUUAUGCACGAAGAAAAUUGGCUACUGAAAAGUUGAAUAAUUGAUUGUACAAAGGAUGUUGCAAUAUGAUUUUGAUAGAGUAAUUUAUCCAUAUGCUAAUUUUUGCUAGAAAACUGAUCCUAUCUUCUUAGGUUGUCCAUUCUUGGGUUAGCUGUGAAAGUGAAUUCUUUGUAUUUAUCAAAAGAAAUAUAAAAUGACUUGUAUGGUAUGAUGUAUCAGUUUUCAAGAGCCAAAACCCUCUUGAAAUCGGAACCCUAUACCGUAAGCUUGAAACCGCCCAAGGGGUGGAAAUGCAUACGGUACAAAUUCCAUUAAUUAAUACUCGAUUAUCUAA